AACAUAGAGCUUGAACUCACAACCUCAAGAUCAAGAGUUGCAUGCUCACCAAUUGAGCCCAGACUGGUAACAAGCAGUCUGUGGGCUGGCAAGAGGCCACGGGCAACACCCUGAAAAGCAGAAUGACAGAAUACACACAAAAUGACUGAGAACCAAGUGAAGCCAAAGACGCAGUUCAACUCUGGGCCAGGGAAAUGCCUUAUAACCUUCAGAACUCCGACCCCUCAGGCCUGAGGCUGAAGGGGCACUACCUACUCGCUCCUCAGGGAACUGAAGACAACUAGGCUGCUUACAGGAGUGACACAACUACCCUACUUAUUACCCGUGGAGAAGGAUAUAUUGAUGGACUACUAACUGCAGUAGAUUGAAGAUUCCAGAAGAAGAAAUGGUAGGACAGUGGGCCAAAUGAAAGGAAUCAGUAUGACAAAGGAAAAGGGAAAGAAAAUAGUGGUUCUGCUAAAGACAAAGUUGGGAAUGAAGGAAUUUGAGUAAUGAAGUUUCCCCCACUAUCAUCUGGAGCUAAUAAAUUACAUCCAAGGUGGACUCAAUAUCUUGAAAGCUAACCAAAGGUCAUGGGACUAGUAGUUUUCUGUUCCCACCCAACAAAUGUCAAGCUCCUUAAAACUACUUAUUUCAUGUGGCUUUCUACUUCCUUCCCAGAGCCCCUCCUUGCUGAAUCCAACAAUUUACUUAGAGGCAGGAAAUAGUAAUGCAAGUCAGGAGGUGGACAAGAGCUAUUGUCACACUGGAUUACCCUCAGUCAACCAAAUGUCAUGUUGUAGUCUAGAAUAGACCUUUACAUGCUGCUUCUGCCUUGACUUAUAUUUCUCCCAUCCAUCUUACAACUCCUUUCGUUUUAGGACAAUCAACGACUGCCUUUCUGAAGCAUGAGGAUAAGUUAAAUGCCUCCUCCUCCAAUUUCUCAUAGUAUUUUCACAUAGCUCUAUCAAAGCUAUAAAAUCUGUCUUCCAUAUUGGCUACAGGAUUCUAAAGGAUAAUAGGGGCCAUGUUCAGCUAAUUUUUAAAUCCCCAGCAAUGAGCACAACUGACUAGGAAUCUAAAUGAUAUUUAUAAAUUCACAUUCAAUUUAAACGAAUAAUGAAAAGAUACAACUAAAACUGAACUUUGAGAUCAUCAAAGAAAACACUCUUAAUUUUACAAAUGAGAAAGCCAAGGCUCAUGACACUGAAGUGACUUACUCAAGGUCACAGAGGGAGGGGUUAAAUUGGGACUCCUGACUUUCAGCAGACUCAAGGACAGUCUGGUACAUAAGACAACACUCAGUAAGUAUCCAAGGAAGGAAAUCCUUUCUUUAAAUUCAAGUUAUUAACAUAUAUCAGAAUCUCAGAAUUUCACUAUAUUAGCAAUCCCUAACUUUGUGAUAAAUAAUCUUCAUCAGGGACCAGGUAGAGGAAAAGGAAAAUACAGAGAGCACAGGGGCUUAUUCACAUUAAUUUCCCUUCAUGUCCUCAGUUCCUUUUCAAGCCACAGAGAUGGCAUGCUUUCAGGACCUUGAGGGAGCUUACUGCCUUCUAAACGGAUUUUUAUAAGAGCUCAUGGUCUCUUCCUAUGCACAUAGGAACUGUAUUUGCCAACCAAAAAGAUGGUCUUGCGGUGAUAGCUAAUUAUUUCUUCCUUAAAAUCCAGCCUGAUAUUUGAUUCAAGUAACUUCUGCUGCAACUGACCUAUUUAGUUAUGGAGAGGGAAUAGCAUGGAGUUAGAAGACAUGCGGUUUCCUUCUGAUUCUACUACUCUGCAACAAAGAACACAGUGCUUCCCAUUAGCUCUCUCAGAAUUAGAGCUCUCCUCUGCAAAACACCAGCACCAAGGCUGAUCCUUCCCAUUUUAAACAUUCUGUGACCAUAAGUGACCAUCUUGAGGCAUGGUUUUAUAGAGAUAAGUAAGAAAUCAGAUUCCUAAAAAGUGCUACUUGGUAAUUUAACAAUUUAUUGUACCAAUUAAACAUGCAGAUAUGUUGGUAAAGGGACAAAGCAACCAGAGCACAAAACAUGAAUAACCCAUCUUACCUACCUUAAUGAUGCUUAUAUCAGUAUGUAGAGAAAUAUCUCACAAUAAAUCCAACAAAUCUUUGGAUGUACAAAGGCCAAUGGGACUUAAGAAAAAAAGUGAAAUUCUCCUGUUAGUAGGUUGAAUGGAGAGAGGGUCUAGGACUCUUAAUUCUUAAAAAACACCACAUAUAGCUAAUGAACAGCCUGGCUAAAAAGCUAUUCUGGGAAUGAUUUGAUAACUACUAUGCCAGCAUUUAACAAAAUUUUAAAUGUCUAAUAAAUGGUUAUUGUUAAUAUGUAGAAUCUGCUCAUGGAGAGACGCACCAAAAUUUAGACUUCUAUUUGUUUUCCUGAGACCACUUAACACUGGCUGGAGCAUGUGAUAAUUCUGAAUAACUUUCAGUGUGUGUGAAAUGUCUUGGCAGGAAAAGGGAGACUUUGAGAGAGGACCAAGCAAAGAUGCUGUGUGAAGUCUUUCAAAGAAUAGUUGUGUGCUCUGGGGAAUGGGCCAAGUUCAUGGAGGGAGGGUGGUUCAAUGAAAAAUGGUGUGGAAUUUAAACCAAGCAGCCACCUGUGCAGACUCUGGAGGCAUCGUUUGAUAGCUACAUGCUCUCAGUAUAUUAAUGUUCUUACGCCCCUAUCUAUAAAAUGUAUGUCUCACAUACAUGACAAUAAAAAGAACGUAAAGAACAAAGUCAGGACCUGACAACAGACAGGCACUCGAUUAAUGCUGACGUUCUUCCUGUGUUCAAGCAAAGGAAGGUUAUGUUCAUUCUCAGAGACACGGCAUUUUCCGAGAGAAGAAACCGCAACUCACCUGGAACCUCAGGAGGGACAGAGUCCUGGAAAGGCAGUUAAGGAAAGAGAAAUGCCAUGAAAAUCAAGUUCACCUUGCAGGAUACACACCAGUCGGUCCAGCAAGACUGUAGGAAAAAAGUUACUCUGCUCUUGCUGAUAACCCCUCUCGCUCGGCCCCUCACACACCCUCCCCGGAGAUGCCUCCCGAGCCUCCCCGGCUGCACCUCCCUCCCGUGUCCACAGGGCUUUGGAUCACACAGGCCAAGCCUCUCCGCCAAACCCACGAGGGCGGAUAACUUCCGCUACCCCCCGCACCACUGACUGACACGUGUCCAUUUCUUCAGGGUUUCUCAUUUCUGCCCUAAAGUUCGAGAAAGAGGAGGAGGAGCUUUUGGCUUAGAUGCCGUGCCUCAGAAUGGAUUUUGACUCCCUGAGGCGCUUUCCCCGACCUGCCACAUCUCUGGGACGUGAGGACAGUGCUACGGGGCCAGGAACCUCGGUCCCUCAAAGGGGCCCCUCUUGGUCGUCUAACGUCCACCGAAAACCUCGGAACAAGGCCAGUCGCCACACAGAAAUGGCCGGUGCGGCCAACUACGAAGCCUCCAGGCCGGCCAAAGCCAGAGGUCAGGCGAGCGAAAGACGGGCCCCUCCGUGCCGCGCCGCAGCCGCUUCCGCGCGGGAGGCCGCUCAGACUCGGGGAUCAAAGUCAGGGCCCGCGGCCGAGCGGCUGUCGCGACGCCAGAGCGCACGUGCGGCCCCGGGCGCGCCUCCUCCAGGUCGCGUGCCCUCCCACAGCGCCCAGCCAGGGUUCCGGGUCUCAGCGGCCCCGCGCCUCUCCGACGCACUCCCACAUCCCAGCCACCAGACGCCUCUCCGCCGGGGCGCGGGCUGUCCAGUCCGGAGCGCUCACCUCCCACGUGGAAUCCGACACCUGGAAGAGCGGGGCUCCAGACACUGACCCGCGCCCUCGCCUAAUGGCUCUGAACUACAAGUCCCAGAAAGCCGCGGGUCGGCCACGCCCGCUUCCGGCGCACGCUUCCAGCGCGGGGCCGCAAUACACCGACCGCGAUGCCAGGGGCGCGUUCUCGGCUCUGGGUUCUGCGGGUGUGUUGGCUGUUCUUUGAGGUUGGAGUCUAAUUUGUUCAAGAUACUUAUUUAUUUAUUUUAAAAUUUUUUUAGUUACAGACGCGUAAGGAUUAUUUAGGAAUACCCAUUAAAGGAUGUUUUAUUUUG